AUGCUGGCUGAUGACCAGUUCCAUCGGCCUGCUACCGUCUCCAUGGUCUUGGGAGCAGAUGUUUAUCCAAAGGUCAUCCAAUCCGGAUUCCUGACUUUCGACGAGGGAAUGCCGGUCGCCCAGAAAACUGCUUUUAAGUGGAUCGUGUCCGGUGCCUGCAGCCUGCCCAAUGGACGUCCCGGCUCAGAAUCCGUUUCUGAGAAGUUUAAGAUCGACUGGGGUACAUACAUGUCAUCAAGAAAUGAUGUUGUCUAUAUCCGCCUAGAUGUACGAGGGUCCAAGGGUCAAAGUAAAAAAACACUAUAUCGUCAUUUAGGAGGAGUAGAAGUAUUAGAUCAAAUUUCUGUUCUUGGAUACUUGCUGGACACUAUAGGUUUUUUAGAUGAAACAAGAGUAGGUAUGUGGGGGUGGGGCUAUGGAGGUUAUGUAACCUCAAUGGCUCUCGGUACUCAACAGGACGUAUUUAAAUGUGGAAUCGCAGUUUCUCCUACUGCAGAUUGGCUAUAUUCAAAUUCAGCGUUUACUGAGCGUAUAUUAGGCCUGCCUGCUGAAAAUUUUAAAGGCUAUGUUGAAGCAGAUGCAACUCAAAGGGCACGUCUAAUUAAAUCCAAUUCAUAUUUUUUGAUUCACGGUCUAGCAGAUACUACAGCUCCUUUUGUCCAUGGAGUGCAAUUAGCAAAAUCAUUAACAAGCGCCAAUAUUCUCUUUCGAUACCAGACUUAUGCAGAUGAAGGCCACGACUUAAGCGGUGUACUCGAACAUGUAUAUUCUUCUAUGGAGCAAUUUUUUGCAGAAUGCCUAAGCUUGGAUCCGGAUGAUACAAAACCAGAAGUGGAUAAAAGCAGAGUCCCAGCUGAAUAAAAAAAGCAUAUUUUGAAGAACAUGUAAAUAAAUUCGCAUCAGUUAUUUUUGCUUUAAAUAAUCCUUUACAAAGAUCAA